AUGGCCGACCUCGAUCGCGUUCCCUCCACCACCGCCUAUGUUGUCGCCACGGCCAUCAUCGCCGGCGUGACUGGCUAUUUCCUCGGCCAAGGCUCAUCGCUGGGCCUGUUCUCCGUCAAGGAGAAGGAGGGCUGGCCGAACAGCUACAAUGUCAAGGUGCAUCGCGACUCCUCGGACGAGGAAUUCGACGACGAGGAAGAGGAGUCCGAUAGCGAGGAGGAAGGCGACGGCGGCGAGCUGGCCAAUUUCGACAACAACAACGAGGAGGUGAAGUUGGUGUUGGUGGUGCGGACUGAUCUGGGUAUGACGAAGGGAAAAAUCGCCGCCCAGUGCUCGCACGCGACCCUCGCCUGCUACAAAUACCUGACGACCUACACACCGAACUCGCCGAUCCUGCGCCGCUGGGAAAGCCAAGGACAAGCGAAGAUUGCGCUGCAGACCAAAUCGGAGGAGGAAUUGCAGUUGCUACAGGCGCAGGCCAUCAGUCUGGGACUCUGCGCGCGGGUGAUCCAGGACGCUGGACGCACGCAGAUUGCUAGCGGCAGUCGGACUGUGCUGGGGAUUCUGGGGCCGAAGAGCGUGGUGGACAGCGUUACGGGACAUUUGAAGUUGCUGUGA